CCUUACGAAACCCCGGGGCUCCCUGCCCAGCUCAGAUGUUGCCAAGGUUUCCUAAUCAGACUGUUUUGGUGGUAAUGGUGCUGUGUUCGUGUGUGUAUAUGGGAGGGGUGGCUUGUGAUGUAGAGAGGGGUCUGUAAAACGUCAGAAACAGGACAAAGGCAUUGCCACGUAAUUACAGGCUCCUAUUAAGUCGAUCUACCCUCCCAGGGGUCUCACAUUUUCAUGUAUUCCCCGUAAAGGCUCACCAGAAUGCCAGUUUGUGCCUUUUGAAGUGCAAGAGAGUCCCUUGAUCCAGCUGAGAGAAGAACUCGCUCCUAAAAGCGCAGUGUCCAGCCUUCUUCCUCCGCGAGAGUAAUCCGAGGGAGUUUACUCAUAUCUACAUCUGUAAGACAUCAUCUUUUCUGUAACCUUAGUCAUCCAUGUGAGUCAACAGGAGUAAGAAAGGAGGAACGAUUUCCCGAAGACGAGGCGAGGCGUUUCAAGUUAUGUCCCGAAUGUUCUGUGUGUGGAAGUAAGCAAGGGCUGAAGCGAAAACAGCGUGUUUACCAAUCUCUGCAAAAACACGCUCUUGAUCUGUGUGACAAGAAGACCCGUGAUCAACAAGUUAAAGAAACCUGGGAGCUCACUGGUAACCGUCAUUCCAUCUGGAUAGCUACUAUUUUGAACUUGGUGUCCUUUGUUUUGAAAAAGUAAAAGUAAAAAAGACUGGUGUUUUUUUUUUGUUUGUUUUGUUUUUUUGGUGCUGCGUGUGGUUGUUGUAUGUAAGGAAUAUUUUGGCGGAUUUCAUUUUUUCCUUUACAUUGAACGGUGUGAGUCAUGACUUCUAGUUAUGCCCAUGUAAUGGACAGGCAAGCUUCGAUUUCCAGUCGCUUGGAGAGCCCGAUUACAGCAAAUCUGGAAAAUCUUCAGGCUAAAAAGAACUUCUCUGUAAGUCACCUGUUGGAUCUGGAAGAGGCAGGGGAGAUGGUGGGGACACACCCGGAGGAAGGUGCCGGAGAGGCGGGCAGGAGUAUGCUAGAGUCUCCGGGGCUGACAAGCGGCAGUGACACCACUCAGCAGGAGAAUGAUCAAUUAAACUCAGAGGAGAAGAAGAAAAGGAAACAGCGACGUAACAGAACCACGUUCAACAGCAGCCAGUUGCAGGCACUAGAGAGAGUGUUUGAGAGGACACACUACCCCGAUGCCUUUGUGCGAGAGGACCUGGCACGCAGAGUGAACUUGACCGAGGCCCGAGUCCAGGUGUGGUUUCAGAACCGAAGGGCCAAGUUCCGCCGGAAUGAGCGAGCCAUGCUGGCCAGUAAAAACGCCUCCCUGCUAAAGUCCUACUCUGGGGACGUGACGGCGGUGGAACAGCCAAUAGUGCCUCGCCCUGCACCCCGACCCAAUGAUUACCUGUCCUGGGGCACUGCCUCUCCGUACAGCUGGUAUCCAAGUCCGGAAGGCGUGCCAAUGAGAGUCUCACAGAAAAUGCUGCCUUCAGAAUUGCCAUGGCUACCUACCCACCCACAUGCUCUAACACCAAUACCACCCAGGGAAUGAACAUGGCAAAUAGCAUCGCCAACCUGCGCCUCAAAGCAAAGGAGUACAGCUUAAACCAGGUGCCAACAGUGAACUGAAAGCAACAAUCAAUACACACCACAGGAUUAUGACUUCACAAAGAAGACCUGUCCAAGACUGACCAAGGCUGGCAAAAUUAAUCUCCUGGGAAUUACAACUAAAGCUUACUCUUCUUGGUGCAUCAUUCAAUUUAUGAACAUUUAUAAGAUGCGAAAUCCAAUCGGACAGUAAAAGACUGAAUAAAACUUGAAGUGUUAAGAAUAUUAUGCCAUGGCAUGCUUCUUUGGAUGCUGUAACACUAAUACAUUUGUAUAUAAUUAGAACAAAUAGUGCCACCCCCCCUCCCCCCUCUCACCUUGCCUUUUCAGAGACACCUUUAUUGAAGACCAUGGAUUUAAGAAGCUUCAAUCAAAAACGUGAACCUUCUCAAUCACCCUGUCCUUGUGGACAGCAAACAAGCACAACCUUUCUGUCUCAAACAACUCUAAAGCAAGAUUUUGGAUUUUAUCGACUCAUGUCGCUGGGAAUUAUAAGAAAAAUACAAAAGCUAUAGACUGGGUUGUCUUAAUUAACUGUUUCUAUUUUUAUUUUUUCAUUUUAUACCACUGACUAACACAUGUCAACAAAGCAUUUUGUUUCAUAUAAUGUAUGUUAUAGCAUUUUCAACGACCAAAACCAUACUUUUGAAAAAAAAAGUUGUUUCUUUUUGUAUUAUAUCUGUAUUUCUUACUGAAGGUUACAAUUUUGAAUAUAAUAAAAUAUGCUGUAAAAACAA